AUGGGUGGCAGAGCGGGAGAGAGGAGAUGGAGGGAGAGACAGAGGGAGAGGCAGAGCGGGAGAGAGGAGAUGGAGGGAGAGACAGAGGGAGAGGCAGAGCGGAGAGAGAGGCCCACUCAGCGGGCCCAUGUUUGCCAGCGAAGGGACUGCAUCCCGGACUCCCUGGGCCCCGUACGGUCGCCGUGGUGCCCCCCCGGCCCCCCCGCCUCGCUCCUAGAGCGCCUCCCCUGUCCCACUGACACCACACGCUGCUCCCAUCCCCCGAAAACCACUUCAAACAGUCAGCGCCAUCAAAGACCACAGUCAGUCAGGCAGGCAGUCCGCAGCCAGCCAGUCCAGGCUGUUCGGGGAGCAGUAGGUCCCGGAGCUCCAAUGCCAGUGGACAUGCAGCCACACCAGGGGCUGUAUUACUACGAGACCUCGCCCUGCCAGCCCUCCAGAGGGUUGCGGGUGGACUCGACCUCUCUGACAGCUGCUAAUUACAGGCUGACCAGGCCCCGCUGCGCUCUGCAUGACUGCCCCGCGUCCCACUCAGGUUACCCAGUGAGGGAGAGGCAGGGAGACCUAGUAUCAUCAGACCAGUCUCCCUACAGCGAUGUGUCUUCGCUGCGCGCCCCGCACCUCGACGGCCCUCCCCAGGAAUGCCACGCCAUGUACAAUCCCAUGGCCAACAUGACUCACGGAUCGGGGUCGGGGCCCGGCCAGGGGAACGGCCACUGCCUGGAUCAAUACAUGAGGCCCCCCCAGGCUCCUCCACCGCACAGUAUGAUGGCCCACAGGGGCAUGCCGCCCACAGAUGGCUGCAAUAGCACCCCCUACUGUAACCAAAACAACAUCAUGUCAUCACAUCACAGCUUCUGUCAGGUCCAGCCCGGCUCGGAUCAGAUCGGCUCAGGUGACGGCUCGAGGUUCUCCACCCCUCGCUCCAUGCUGAAGCUGAGUAAGAAGAGAGCGCUGUCCAUCUCUCCUCUGUCUGACGCCAGUGUGGACCUGCAGACGGUCAUCCGAACCUCGCCCAACUCUCUCGUGGCCUUCGUUAACUCUCGCUGCAACCCCAACGGCGCCAGCUCUUACGGUCAUCUCUCUGUGAGCGCCAUGAGUCCGUCGCUGGGUUAUUCCAGCAACAUGAACUGCCAGUCCCGACAGCAGGGCUCCAUGUACGGAGGAGGGGGGACGCCUCUGGGCCCGCCGGGCCCCUGCCAAGCCUCUCGUUUACCUCCCCACAACCCUCGACUCCACGCCGCGCCCAAGCAUGGACAUCUGAAGACAGAACCUGGGCUGGACGGCAUCAACGUGAAGACGCUGGAGGAGAGGUCGGAGGGAGACGUGGCCAGUCCUUCUUCCACUGGCACGCAGGACCCUCUGCUGGGCCUGCUGGACGGCAGGGAUGACUUGGACAAGGACGAUGGGAAGCCUGAGCCGGAGGCCGUCUAUGAGACCAACUGUCGGUGGGAGAGCUGCAACAAGGAGUUCGACACGCAGGACCAGCUAGUUCAUCACAUCAACAACGAGCACAUCCACGGAGAGAAGAAGGAGUUCGUGUGUCACUGGCAGGAGUGCUCUCGAGAACAGAGGCCGUUCAAGGCCCAGUACAUGCUGGUGGUUCACAUGCGCAGACACACCGGAGAGAAGCCACACAAGUGCACUUUUGAAGGCUGUAAUAAGGCCUACUCUCGCCUGGAGAAUCUGAAGACCCACCUGCGCUCUCACACUGGGGAGAAACCAUAUGUGUGUGAACAUGAAGGCUGCAACAAAGCCUUCUCCAACGCUUCAGACCGGGCUAAGCAUCAGAACCGAACUCACUCCAAUGAGAAACCUUACGUCUGUAAGAUCCCUGGUUGCACUAAACGAUAUACUGAUCCAAGCUCCCUGCGCAAGCAUGUGAAGACGGUGCACGGCCCCGAGGCCCACAUCACCAAGAAGCAUCGAGGAGACACCGGCCCCCGACUCCCAGGCUUAGCCAUGACUCCUGGCGCCCCGAACUCUGAACUCCUGCAGGAGAAAGAAGAGACACGCAGAGAAGACUGCAAACUACUGGCCCCCGAGACUGCUCUGAAAUCCCAGCCAAGCCCUGGCGGUCAGUCGUCCUGCAGCAGCGAGCGCUCCCCGCUGGGGAGCACCAACAACAAUGACAGCGGUGUGGAAAUGAACCUCAACGCAGCGGGCAGCUUGGAGGAUCUAACAGGGUUGGAAGAUGGAGUUCUGGCUGGAGGCGGUGGAGGGGAGCCGGGAACAAUGGGAAUGUCGGCUCAGGCUCUGAAAAGGCUGGAGAACCUGAAGAUUGACAAGCUGAAGCAAACCCGCAGGCCCACCCCACCUGGACGCUGCACGGGCAACAAACUUCCUGCCAUUUCUGGUCCAGGAGAGAACAUGGGAAUGUGUGCACCUUCUCCAAUCCUGUCUAAUCGACGCGUUAUGGAGCUGUCCAACCACGAGCUGGGAGGAGGAACGAUCGCCUGCUCCAGCAACGACCGGAGGGGGAGCGGCACCAGCAGCCUGAGCUCCGCCUACACCGUGAGCCGUCGUUCCUCCAUGGUGUCCCCCUACCUGUCCAGCCGGCGCUCUAGCGAGGUCUCGCAAAUGGGAGGAACGACGGGCGGAGGGUGUCACCUUCUGAGCCCAGAAGAAGCUGGAAGAGACCCCCUCUCUCCUGAGAGCAGUCGCAGAGGCGCUCCGUGUCCCGGGGGGAGAGGAUUACCAAGCCUUCCUAAUUUAACGCCUGCUCAGCAAUACAGCCUGAAGGCUAAAUACGCUGCGGCGACCGGCGGGCCGCCACCUACUCCUUUACCCAACAUGGAGCAGCAGCCGGUUACUCCGGGCAGAAGAGGUGUUUUGAGCGAGUACCAGGGGCAGCCCCUGCCUCCUUUCCUUCAUCCGGCCGGUCCUCGCAGGCACAGCGCCAACACAGAAUACGGUACGGGCGUCAUCUACCCCCACCAGGCUCCGGGGAACAACACCAGGCGAGCCAGCGAUCCGGUUCGAUCGGUAGCAGACCCGCAAACUCUUCCCAAGCGCUUCAAUAGCUUGAGUAACGUGGCCAUGAUGGGCCGCAGGAAUGCGCUGCAGCUCCGCGGCUCCGACAGCAGCCUCGCCCGUCACAUGUACUCCCCUCGGCCGCCGAGCAUCACGGAGAACGUCAUGAUGGAAGCCAUGGGCAUGGAGCCCCACCUCGGCCCCGUCGACGGCAGGGAUCGUUCCAUGAUGAUUAGCUCCGGAGAAAGAAACUUCAUGGGCUACCAGAGACAGAGUCAGACCCUUGUAGUCGACGGGGCUAUUUCAAAUCAGCUCUCGCCGAGCCACGACUCUCUGAGCUGCCCUGAUCCCGGUAACAUGCAGCAACACUACCAGGGCCAGGGCGUGGAAGUCGCCUCCAGGGUUGGGGGAAAUCUAAUGGGCCAGACGAGACCCACUCAACCAGAGGGCAUGUCAAACGCUCUUCUCCAACAGGCUGAGUACAGUAUGAGCACCUGCCAGUUAAGUCCUUCAGGUCCCCAUUACCCAAGUAUUGGCCAAGGUGGCGACACCAGAGGUCCCUGGAACGAGACUCACAACCAAGUCCAAACUUCCGGUCAUGCUUUUCAGAACCGGCAAACGAUGAUGUACUCGGAUCCCAGUCUGCAGGCUCAGCAAACACAGGCCCACUUCAACGACCAGACGGCUCUCUACACCAGUUCCGAUGGAACUCACAAACUCAUCAUAAAGCCCGAGCAGCAGUUCCAUCCUGGCAUGGGCGAUAGAGAGUCCUGUCAAAGCUCUAAGCUCCAGCAGCAACAGAUCCUCCUGCAGCAGGCGCAGGGUUAUCCACAACAGACGGCCCAGGUCAUGAUGAGGAACUCGAACAAUCCCACCUGUGACUUUCAAGGGCCGAACCAAAACUCUUUCCCUGGUGGAGGAGGAGGAGGAGGAGGAGGAGGAGGAGGAGGAGGAGGGGGAUUGAGCUUAGGCUGCGCCGGCUCUGCCCUGGCCGAUGGCCAGAGGUCGGAAACCCCAAUGAUGCAGGUGAAGGAGAUGAUGGUGCGGAAUUACGUGCAGUCCCAGCAAGCGCUCAUGUGGGAGCAGCAACAAGAGCAGCAGCAGCCGAGUGGAAUCAAACCACCUCCUCUUUCCGACAACAUGAAUUUGAGCUGUCAGACGGCAAUGAUGCAGCAGAGUCCCCAACACCAGAAUCAGAACUUUUAUUCCAACCAGUCGUAUCCUUCCUACCCCAAUCAGAACCUGGUUAUGAACGCCCGAGUGUCCGGCUCGGUGACGUCUAAGGAGCAGCAGCUGGCGGGCCUUCAGGGCUCGUGCUACAAUCAGGAGAUGGUGCAGGUGCCCAGGCCCCCUCAGGGACGGAAGCCCCUCAGCCGCCAGAACAGCCUGUCGCAGGCCGGACCGGGGGCGGGCUACCUGGGCAGCCCGCCCCACCUCAGCCCCGGACACUCCACCUCCAGCCCCAGACGGGGCGUCCGCCUUCCUCCGGUCCAGCACGCGCAGCACCCUCAAAACGAAAUAUUCUCCCCUUCCAACAACAACAACAACUUGUACUACUCUGCUCAAAUAAACAUGGAUUUGGGGAAACAAAUGGAACCCGCAAAUGGACCUUGCCUCAACCAGCAGCACAGUAUGGGUUCCAGCCUGGACCCCGUAGGUGGAACAAAGCCUUCCCCCAUGACUCCCUAUCCAGUUUCUGGCCCCAUUUCCAACGCCUUAGAAAACCUAGACUUGGACAAUGCCCGUAUAGACUUCACUUCCAUCAUCGACGAUGCUGAUACUUCUUCGUUUAGUCCGGUCAAUAAUCCCCUCCCGGGCCAGCCAGGAUCUUCUUCGCAGGCUUCCUCCCGCCUCACCACCCCACAGACUUCUGUCAGCCUGGCUCCGGGCUCCGGCCUGUCAAACAUGGCUGUGGGGGACAUGACAUCCAUGCUUACCUCACUGGCUGGGGAGAAUAAGUAUCUGAACACUCUGUCUUAAAAAAGGACUCUUUGGCAGCUAAGCACUCUUUUAGGGUAACAAUCAAACGAUGCCUUUGGCUCAAAGUAGGGCUGGGCGAUAUGGACCAAAAGUCAUAUCUCGAUAUUUUCUAGCUGAAUGGCGAUACUCGAUAUAUAUCGAUAUUUUUUCUGUGCCAUAAUUGGGGUUUCCCCCAAAGCAUUAUAGCAUAGCAUCUCUGUUAGCAUCUCUGUUAGCUUCAUUUUUUUCUGAGGCAAACCCUUAAAAAAACAAGUCAGUUUUAAUACAAAGCCUUGUGCCAAAUGUCACACAGGUUCCUUUAUU